AUGCCAUCAUGGGCAAAUAAAGGAACUUACACUGAGACACCACUAGAAGCUAAAGAAAAUAAAAAACAAUUAGUAAUGUACAUUCCGAUUUCUGAAUUAACUCAAGAUUUAGAUGUAUUAAAAACUAUAGCCAGGUUAGAGUUACCAAUUACAUUGG